GGCUUCAAGUCGAGAGAUGCGAUUAGAAGUUAAGAAGAUAUUCACCAAUUUUGCCUGGUUCAUAUUUGUGGAACAACCAGAGAGUACGCUGUCCGAUUUGCCAAUGAGCCGUCAAACUGUCGAAACCGUAGAAGCUGUAGAAACUCUAUUGUCCAUCCAAUACUUCUCGUACUCGUUGAUGAUGCUAGCUAGACUGAUGUGGACGACAGGCCAUCAUCGUCUGCAAGUAUAUACGCACAUUGAAGCUUUGCCCCUGAUUCAAGGAGCGAAUAAGUAUGACGAG